AUGGCGGCAAAGGGAAGGGAGGGGCAUCUUGAGAGGACGGCGGGUGAGCCGAGAGAUGCGGAUCUUCAUGAGGUGCGGCUGGGUCGGAUUGACCAGGUCAAUGAGAGGGUGAGGCUGUUUCGUCUGGAUCUUGUAUCAGGCCCGGCCAAAUUCCUGCCCGGCCAAUGGCUCGACACAUACAUCCCCGGCGUCGCCAAAGCAGGCGGCUUCACCAUCACUUCCGCCCCCUCAGCCGCCCUCGCAAAUCCCGAGCCAUAUCUCGAGCUGGCGGUGCAAGAGUCGCCCGACAACGAGCCCGCGGCGUGGCUCUGGCGUCCCGUGGAUGAGAUCCUGGGCGAGACGCUGCGCGUUCGUGUCGGCGGCAAGUUUGUCUUUCCGCCGGGAGAUGGUGUGCCGAACAAGGUGGUUUUUGUUGCUGGUGGCGUGGGCGUGAAUCCUCUGAUUAGCAUGUUGAGUUAUAUAGCGGAGGGCCAUGGACGGGGCGUUGGUGAUGUGAGGUUCCUUUAUGCAAGCAAGCUUCCAAGAAACGGGAAACUCUUGGAUAUCGUCUUCCUUGAUAGGAUCACGGGAUUGUUUGGGGAGGGGAAAGUAAAGGGCGAGGUGAAGCUAUACGUUACAGCGGCUGGAGACGCGGUCUCUCAGGGGACGACGAGUAUCAACGGGGCUCAGGUACAGGUGCAGCCUCGGCGUCUUACGCUGGCAGAUGUGGAGGCGGCAAUUGGAGAGCAUCGUCAAGAUCAAGGGACGGUGGUGUACGUCUGUGGGCCGCCGACGAUGACGGAUGAGCUUGUUGAGAAGCUUGGGCCUGUCAUGGAUCCCCGGCGCGUUUUGACCGAGAGAUGGUGGUGA